CAGAGGCCUGGCCCGGCGCUCGGUACGGGGGCCGCGGCGGCAGCUCACGUGGCGGUGGAGCUGUCAGGGCGGCCCGGCCGGGGACGUGGCGGGGCGAGGGGUGGGCAGGGUGCCCCGGCCCCGGCGGGCACUGCCUACCCCCCUCCCGGGGGGGUGGUGUGUGUGUGCAAACAGCGGCCUGGACCUUGGCGCCCGCACGUCGGUGGGCAGUCUCUGUUUAUUCGGCUUGUAUUGUUUGCUGCCACGAUUCCGCUGGCCUGCCUGGUGCUUAGUUCCCCCCUGAAAAAUGUGUGAAGUCUCUUCCAUGCAGCAGAAGGCAUGGAGCGUAAGACCACCACGAGGAGACGAACUUAAGGAACGAAGAAACACAAAUUGGUGCUGAAGCCGUUUGCGUACCCCUAACCCGCAGCGUGUCCCUCGCCGACCACCUCUCGAUCCGUCCAUAAGUAAUUCCCGGUGUUUUGGCAGCUGCUUGUUUUCUGAAAUUGCCCAACCGCAUAGUGGAAGGCAUGCUUGUGUAAUUCAGCUGUAUUCCAAAAAAAACCCCAAAGUGCCUUCCUGUCCUGGGAAGAGGUUCCAGGAAUAGACAUCUGUGCUGUCCAUGCAGUUUUGGGAGAGCUGCACCUUGUCGCCAAAUUUGUACUUUUCCCAGAGCUGUUCGGAUUGCCUUGAUGACUUCUGCGCCAAAGCCCCCCUCCUACCCCACUGCCCGCUUAGAAAGGGAAUCAUGCAUGCGUUCAGUCAUGAAUCGUAGAGAAUUGUUUCAUUUUGAGGCCGCCGUGCCGUGCCGUCUGAUGCAGUGAUAACGUAGAACAAGAUCCAACCAAGCAGGAUGUUUCGACCUGAUGAUGUUUUCUUCAUACUGUGCUGUGGGGCUCUCUGUGUGUCCCCAGCAGCUCCCCUCUCCGCUGCCCCUGCAUGUGUCUCCAUCUUGCUACAUUUCUGACAGUUGUGACUUAGCUAAGAAGUGAAUACAAGCUAUCGGUCUUCUGUCAACUCCUGAUGUUCUGGAGAUGAGGAGUGAGUCAGGAUGAAGCAAACAGGUCAACCUGCGCAUGGCCUCAUCUGUUCUGGACCUAAGGACUAGGGAGAACCAGUAUUCUGGACAAAGUAAGAUUUAGGAAAAAGUUGUGUUCAGAAAAAUAGUGACCACGAAAGAAGUCUUACAGCGGCAGAGUGGGUAAAAUUUGAUAAUUACAGAAUGUAGGUUGAUGAAUCAGAUCUUUUUGUAUGUAACUUCGCCAGGAAAAGUAUGUGGGUUAUACGUGAAAUAAUACCAAGACCAAGUGAGAUGGAAAACAUUUGGAAAAGUUUUACUGCAUUGUUUACAAAGUUGAACAAGGAAUUAACCUGAGUGAAAUCUCCAGAAACGCUUUCUUUUAUAAAAGUCCAUUCAUGUCUGCAUACGUUUGAUUAAAAUAUUGGCUCAACUGUACUGGGGUCAGAAUAGUGGGGGGAUCCUACGACAGGGUGAACAGAAAUGAACUCUGAAAAACCUAGGCAUUUCAUAUAUUCCUUAUGGCCAGUUAUGAGGACCAGAGCUGCUGGCGUCUAAGAAAGAGCAAGACUUGGAAAUGGCUUUUUUUUCUUUUUGAAGGAAAACAGAGAUGUUCUUUUUGGCCAGAAAAACACACUUUAGCUAAAAAUAUCUAUGACCUCAAUUUAGCUCUAAACUAAAUGUCCCUGUACCUUUGGUUUGCUUAACUAUCCCUUUUGUUCCCCAAGCUGGUAAACCAGUAAGAUCAUGUGUUGGGAUAGUUUAUUUGACAAAAAGAAUAGAGUAGAAUUUAUUUUGGCAGAUAGUGUAAACUCUGAAGUAUUUCUUGAAUGUAAAUUGCAAUGUUAUAUUUUACUAAUUGCUUGUGUCUUUAAAAAACUAUUAAAAUAGUGUUAAAUGCUACUCAAAAUCUCAGAUAAGAAUACUGUUUUAUAUUUGUCUUCAAAAAGCGCAAAAUGGAAGUUAUAUAUAAAACAAAUUGAGUUGGUUAAAUAACAUUUACAGUCAGCUCAUACACAUAAAAAGGACUAGGAUUUUUCAUCUUGUUUUGUGUAUGUCUGGAAGACCUCCCCCCUCCAAGUUGGGGUGGUUUUUUUGGUUUGGUUUGGUUUGGUUUGGUUUAGGGUUUUUUGGCUUGUAUGGAAGAAGAAGAAGUGUUGGUGAGUGUGUAAAUUUUGCGUUCCAUGACAGGACAGUAUUUUACUUUGUCACUGUUUUGGUGGUAACUGGGUGUCAAAAUUGUACAUGCCAGUCCUGCACCAGAAUUUUGGCCUCUGUCCACGAUCAAACUGGUGUAGGAGCAGCUCCCCAGGCUUUUAUUUGCACAACAUUCUAAAAUAAAUCCAUCAGAAUGACACCUUCUCAGGUCACCUUUGAAAUAAGAGGAACUCUUUUACCAGGAGAAGUUUUUGCCAUAUGUGGAAGCUGUGAUGCUUUGGGAAACUGGAAUCCUCAAAAUGCUGUGGCUCUUCUUCCAGAAAAUGAGACAGGUGAAAGCAUGUUAUGGAAAGCAACCAUUGUACUCACUAGAGGAGUAUCAGUUCAGUACCGCUACUUCAGAGGGUGCUUUUUAGAACCAAAGACUAUCGGUGGUCCAUGCCAAGUCAUAGUUCACAAGUGGGAGACUCAUCUACAACCACGAUCAAUAACCCCUUUAGAAAGUGAAAUUAUUAUUGACGACGGACAAUUUGGAAUCCACAAUGGUGUUGAAACUCUGGAUUCUGGAUGGCUGACAUGUCAGACUGAAAUAAGAUUACGUUUGCAUUAUUCUGAAAAACCUCCUGUCUCAAUAACAAAGAAAAAAUUAAAGAAAUCUAGAUUUAGGGUAAAGUUGACACUAGAGGGCUUGGAAGAAGAUGACGAUGAUAGGGUGUCUCCUACUGUUCUUCACAAAAUGUCCAACAGCCUGGAGAUAUCCUUAAUAAGCGACAAUGAAUUCAAGUGCAGGCAUUCGCAGCCAGAGUGUGGGUAUGGCUUACAGCCCGAUCGUUGGACAGAGUACAGCAUACAGACAAUGGAACCAGAUAACCUGGAACUAAUAUUUGAUUUUUUUGAGGAAGAUCUCAGUGAACACGUAGUUCAGGGUGAUGCUCUUCCUGGACACGUGGGGACAGCAUGUCUCUUAUCAUCCACCAUUGCUGAGAGUGGGAAGAGUGCUGGAAUUCUCACUCUUCCCAUCAUGAGCAGAAAUUCCAGAAAAACAAUAGGCAAAGUGAGAGUUGACUAUAUAAUUAUUAAGCCAUUACCAGGAUACAGUUGUGAUAUGAAAUCUUCAUUUUCCAAGUAUUGGAAGCCAAGAACACCAUUGGAUGUUGGACAUCGUGGUGCAGGGAAUUCUACAACAACUGCUCAGCUUGCUAAAGUUCAAGAAAAUACUAUUGCUUCUUUGAGAAAUGCUGCUAGUCAUGGUGCAGCCUUUGUAGAAUUUGAUGUACAUCUUUCAAAAGAUUUUGUGCCUGUGGUGUAUCAUGAUCUCACCUGUUGUUUGACAAUGAAAAAGAAAUUUGAUGCUGAUCCAGUUGAAUUAUUUGAAAUUCCAGUAAAGGAAUUAACAUUUGACCAACUCCAGUUGUUAAAGCUCGCUCAUGUGACUGCACUGAAAUCUAAAGAUCUGAAAGAAUCUGUGGUUGAGGAAGAAAAUUCUUUUUCUGAAAAUCAGCCAUUUCCUUCUCUUAAGAUGGUUUUAGAGUCUUUGCCAGAAGAUGUAGGGUUUAACAUAGAAAUAAAAUGGAUCUGCCAACAAAGGGAUGGAAUGUGGGAUGGUAACUUAUCAACGUAUUUUGACAUGAAUCUGUUUUUGGACAUAAUUUUAAAAACUGUCUUAGAAAAUUCUGGGAAGAGGAGAAUAGUGUUUUCUUCAUUCGAUGCAGAUAUUUGCACUAUGGUUCGGCAAAAGCAGAACAAAUACCCCAUAUUAUUUUUGACUCAAGGAAAAUCAGAUAUUUACCCUGAACUCAUGGACCUCAGAUCUAGGACAACCCCCAUUGCAAUGAGCUUUGCACAGUUUGAAAACCUACUGGGAAUAAAUGCACAUACUGAAGACCUGCUCAGAAACCCAUCCUAUAUUCAAGAGGCAAAAGCUAAGGGACUAGUCAUAUUCUGCUGGGGUGAUGAUACCAAUGAUCCCGAAAACAGAAAGAAAUUGAAGGAGUUUGGAGUUAAUGGUCUAAUUUAUGAUAGGAUAUAUGAUUGGAUGCCUGAACAGCCAAAUAUAUUCCAAGUGGAGCAGUUGGAACGCCUGAAGCAAGAAUUGCCAGAGCUUAAGAGCUGUUUGUGUCCCACUGUUAGCCGCUUUGUUCCCUCAUCUUUGUGUGGGGAGCCUGAUAUCCAUGUGGAUGCCAACGGCAUUGAUAACGUGGGGAGUGCUUAGUUUUUACUGGGCAGAGGCCCUUUUGGGGCACGCACCACUGUUGUGGGGGUUCACUUUUCAUCACUGAGCGUUGUUUAUCUAUGCCUUCUAGGUUUCUCAGUCCAAUGAAGCAAUAAUGAAGUAUUUUACUAUUUCACUACAAUUCUUGCUAGGAUUUCAAGUAUGCUAUUUAAAUCAUUUGGCCAGGUAUAAUUACCAGUCAGUCUCUUUACAAUGAGAAAAUUUAUUGGUUGGCAAACAUUUUAAACUAAAUAUGUAAACAUAUAAUGUUAAACGUCCAUUAAAACCAUAGUGCUUGGAAAUUAACUAUAUAAAUAUCUUAUAUUUACAGUUCUUACAACUUUCAUUUGAUCAGGUCUGAAAUAUUUAGCACUUGAGGAACAUGACUAUGCAUAAUUAUACCUGACCAUGGAAAAAAUAAGUACCUCAAAUGCAUGCAUUUGCACUGGUGAUUCCAACUGCACAAAUCUUUGUGCCAUCUAUGUAUAUAUGUAUUUUUUACAUGGAUUGACAUGCACACACACCAUUUUCAUUCAGUAUGAACCUUGAGGCUGCUGCCAUUCUCCCACUUAACCAAACCAAUGCCUGUGUAAACAGCCUGGAGGUGAUCCUUGAAAACUUGUCUCAUAAGUCUUUCAAAAGUUGUUUUGCAUAAAUGUUAAAGUUUCAAAAUGCUGCAGGGUAAUUUAAUGUAUAAAAUAUUAGAAGUAUGUAGUGCAUACUUAAUAGAGUAGGCCGUAAUGUGUAAAUUCUAUUCCAUGCAUGCUUUAGGUUUUAAGCAUGAGAUUGUACGUGUUUACUGUAAGUCCUUGCAUCUGUGGUGCUAGGUGAGUGUGAGAAGGUGUCAAGGACUGAAAAUAUUUUGUUGCCUAAAAAAAAAAAAAAAAAGCCUGUUUGUAGGCAUUUUAAAUAUGCUUAUUUUAAGUGUCUCUCACUACCUAUUACACACCGUUGCUCUGUGGGUUUGUUGUGUGUGCGUGUGUGUGUUGUACAGCAGUUAAAUCUCCAUGCAGAAAAAUAAAUGUCCUGAAUUCUCACAUUGGUAUUUUUUAUUGGUUAAUGUAUAUCAGGCAUGUAACUUAUUUAGGAAAUGUAGACGAUCCUUCUAAAUGUAUAUGCAUGUAUUUAGGAUUAUACUAAGGUUUCUUUCCUUAGAGGCUGAUUGUUUUGGCGUUAACUGUAACUUAAGAAUGAAUGUUGAAUAAAAUACACAGAUUUAUUUUCCUCCUUUUAAAACAAAAUUUCAGGAAGGUAUUACUUUUAUAGACUCGGUUCUCUUACUACGAGACAUUGGACUCCUGCCCUGAAGUAAUGCCCUACUUGCAUCUACCUUUUACUGCAUGUUCUUCACUUAGGCAGUUUAGUCAUGCAUUGACACAUUUUAGUACUAGCUGAGAAUCCUAGCUGAGAACCUAAGACUUGGAAUUACACGGUGUAUCUUUUUAUUUUUUAAGCCAAACAAUGCAGUUUUGGUUCAGUCUUAAUCGUGUGAAGAUAGGCUUUGAAAUCCUAUGUAUGGUGUUGUGCUGUAACACUGAUAUUUAAUGGAAAAGAGUUUAGGAAAUGCAGUCUUCUGCAAGUGUUCUAUAUACUUUUCCCACACUGAAAGAUUUUCCAACACUUUGGUGUGACUUUGGUGUGAAUUAGGCAGUUUUAGAAAACUCCUGAAAAAAUUCAUUUUGUCUGCAGACCUGUGUACAGUACAGUGACCGUUGACCUUAUGGUAACUCGGUUAGCUGUAGGUGUGCGUUUUCGGUCCUGUUCACUUGCCCUCCUCCCCUGUGCCUUUCCAGUCCCAGGGCAGUGCGGCUCCAUGUUGAAGACUCAAGAUCGUAAAGGGAAAGGAGAGGUGGGAGGGGCGGGGCGGGGGGGGGGGGGUUCCUGAACAAUGUAAUUUGCAAAGAGCUCGCAAGGACUGCUUAUGACACAGAAAGAGCCUCACUGCUCACUUCCUUUGCAUCCCUUCCUGACCUUAUAAACCAGGGUUAGUAGAAAAUUAAAGCAUAGCAAGCAGUAGCUCCCCCACUUUUCUAGGACUAAGUCCAGGCUUCCAUACCACUAGCCGUUGCCCUGUGCAGUGCUCUGGCCACACUGUACCCACUGUGCCCACCAUUCCCCUGGCCACGCCAUGCUCCUACACUAUUCCCUGUCUGUAGCCGUGCGCCCUGUGCCUGGAAGCCCUCUCCUCCCCACAGACACUUUCGCCCUGCCAGACUCUUUGCUCCUUGAGCCAUCGGCCUCUCCUCUGAGUCCUUGCUGAAACUUGUUCAGAAGGGGUGAGUCCAUCUUUUACUCCAUAGCCAUGUCCAUACCUGGAUCAUGCCGUGCAUUCUAGGUAGGCAUGGUGGUUUGUCUCACCAGGCUACAGUCUCUUCAAGGGCAGGGACCUUGGCUUUUUAUUUCCACAGUGCAUGGAACAUAGUAGAAAAAUGUUGGAAUUAUUGGGGUAAUAAUUUGUAUCAAAUGUCCUUUUGAAUUAAGAGAUUUAAUUAUGUUUACUAAGAAUGUAAACUUUGGCUUACAUUUUGACAGUGGAAACAGUUUGUUGAUGUCAAUUUUCAAUGUAGAGGUAUAAUGUUAAAAUCGUUUUAUAUUUUCUGGAAAUUGCAAUGUUUGAUAAAAUGCCGCCAUUGUUCUCUGGUGUUUUCUACUCUCUGGAACUCUGUACUGUAACUGACUGGAUGUGAAUGUGAGGAAUACAGUUCAUUCCUGUGUCGGUAGUGCCUAAGGGCUACCACAGCCGCUCAUUACCUCACUGCCAUUGUUCCUUGUGUCUCCUCUCCUCCCAACCCCCCCCCCCCCCCCCUUAGGCCUACCUCAGUACCCCUUUCCUUGUCUGAAAUGCCUUCUCCGUCUUCAGUGUCCAGCUCAGGUACCACCUCUUCCAUAAAACUUUGCUCAGCUUCUGAUUGGAAUUAUGAUGCAAACAAAUGCGUGCAGCCUCUAAAUCUCACUGCUUCGUUUUGUAGCUGGGCCAGUAAACCCAGAGAAGUGAACUGACUUUUUUUACCAGGUUGGGACUAGAACUGGGUUUUGUGAUUCCUAAUCCCGUGUUCUUGAACUAUGCUGCCUUCUGAAUUCUCGUGGCGUUUGUUAGCAUGUGCUUUCUUACCGUCUCUCUAUGUGCCUGUUCUAUUUCCCUAAGAUUGUAAGCCCCUUAAGGGCAGGGACCUCUUUGCAUUUCUAGCACUACUAUAGUGUUCCAUACUUAGUCAUGAACUAGACAAAUAAAUGGCGGUGGCAACGAUCCUAGUUUCCUAACUCAGAUUGUUUCACAGUAUACAUACGGUUUUGUACGGCAUGCUUGGCUAUGUUGUCUGGAGUGUGUGUGCUCGUGUGCAUGCGUGUGCAUGUGUGUUUGCAUGUGUACUCUGCCCCAGUUGCUUGGGGUCACAGGUGGGUUAUUGUAAACCAAUUUUCUACUUCAUGCUAAGUGAGGACAAUUAUGAGACUGAGUGGAAGAUGAGGUACAGGUCUCCCCCCCAGGCCCGGCUGUCCCUUCCUGGGGAGUACACCUAAAUCCUGCAGCUGGUGGCCUGAUAGGGCAGGGUACGUGGCCUUGGAUAGGACUUGGGUGACCUGCAGAGUAGCUGUCUCAGUCCCGGUGGAGUGUCAUUGUGUUUUGUGCCUUGGCUCUUUCUCUUCACAGCUGGACCGCAUUUCUGUCUUUCACGUUAUCACUGGCUUGGUAUUCUAGGUUGGCAGUGGAGUCCUGUUCAUUUAGAUUUGGCUACAGCCGACUCCUUUGCAUUUUCGGUUUGGAUUGUGUGGUGUUGGGGUAGGAAGCAAAGUAAACACAGGAGGAACACUGCAUUAUUUUGGUGUUCAUGAGUGGAAACUUACUCAAAUAUCUCAGUGGGUUUGCAUAGUUUGAGAAAUAGAUUCGAAAUGUUGAAAAUGCAAGAGAGCAUAUGAUUAAGACCGUACAAGUAUGUGUUAGAGAUGAGAGAAAGAGGUUAAGUUGAAACAAAGCUCUCGAGCCCUUGCAGAAUGGGGUAGAGAUCAGGGUGGUUGUGAAGCCACUUUGGGGCAUAAUCAUUGUAAACUCAGGCCAAGGUAGUAUUUGUAGUAUGUUUAGGGAGAAUGAAGAAGCUAUCCUGACAGUGUGGAGGAUAUAUAUAUUUUUUUUUACUGAUUUUAAAGGGAAAUGAGAGAAAUGCAUUUUAAAAUAAUGAGGAAAGUAGUAUUAGUACAGGAGUAAUAAAAGAAGUACAGAGAUUAAUUUAUCUAAUCUUGUAUGAAAUUGGUCCAAGCAUACGUCUACCUGUUUGCUCAGAAAACAAAUGCAGACAGGAUAAGUGAACUUCUGAAACUAAACUUGCAAAGCCAAACUAUGUAAUGUCACCAGAAGAUAACUAAAAGUCUAGCAAAUGUUCCACCCCAUGGCUUCAAGUGUCUGCAGCCCAGACUUCUGUAAGCUCAGAUUCACACAUCCAGCUGUCUGUGCACAUCUCUAGUUGAAGGUUGAAUGGGCACCUCACACGUCAUGUGCCUCCAAAAAACUCUUCCUCCUUCCUUCCGCUAAAACUUCCCAUUGUACCUCCCGCAAUGAUCCGAGUCUUAGUAAGUGACAUCCAGGAGUAUUACACUAAUCUCUCGUUACCAGGAAGAGAAAAAUCAUGGAAGUUUAUGUUAUGGUAUGUGAUAGGUCAAUUGCCCAUUUGUUUUUAAUUAAAAAAAAAUCUUGCACAUAUUCUUUUAAUUGCAUAGAAUUACCUUAUCAAGUGCCAGAAAAGUCCCCUUGGGAUUUUGAUCAGUGUUGGGUUGAUUUUCUGGAUUAACAUGUGGGAAGGAUUUAAUGUUUUACAAGUAUGAAGUCUAUCCAGAACAUAGUGUGUGUCUCCAUUUUUUUCAAGAUUUUUACAUCUUCCAGUAGAAUUAGUUUUUCACAUAGGUGUUUUAAACUUUUUAAAGCUUAUUCUUACAUUAGAAAAACUUAAUAAAUUUGUUUUUAAUUCCUAUUUUCCGUAAGUAUGUUCUUCAGUAAUCAGUUAAUUUUGGUUUACUGCUCUCAUCUGUAGCUACUCUGCUGAAUCCGAUUAGUCAAAACAUUUUGUUAUUUAACUGGGAUUUUCUAGUUGAUCAUAUUAUCAAAUACGUUUUCUACUUUUUAAUGACAGCUUUCUCUUUAUCUUGUCUUACUUCAGUAGCUAAUAACAAUUGUAGGCGUCCUUAUUUCUUUACCGUCAUGGGAAAUAAUAUGAUGGCUGCUGGAGUUUCUAGUUAUAGAGGUGACCCUUACGAAAUUAAGGAAAUUUCUUUUUCUUCUAGGUUAGCUAAAGGAUCCCUUCUCCCCAGCCCCUACCCACCCCCAAGGAAUAGGUGCUGAAUUUAUUCUGUGGGUUUUUGAGGAGUUAGAAAACAAUCAUAGUUCUUAUUUUAUCUGUUAAUAUUAAUGGAGUGAAUGAUGCUAAUAUAUUUUCUAAUGUUGAAUUACCCUUCAAUAAUUGGUGUAACACUUAUUAAUGUUCUUUUGACAGGUAUUGACUGAUUUGUUUAGGAUUUAUUAUCUGUAUUCAUUAAUGAGAUUGACUUUGUUUUCUUUUGCUAUUUUUGUCUAGUUUUGGAGACCAUUAGGAUAACCUUAUAAAGUCAGUUGAGUAGCUUUUCAGGUUUUUCUGUCUUUGGAACAGUUUAUGUAAUGUUAGUAUAGUCUGUUCAUUGGCACUUUGAUAAGUACUCCUAUAAAACUAUGUGCAUAUUUUGAAGUAUUCCUACCCUUGCAGUUACUUCUUUAGUUAGAACCUGUUAAUGUUCUCUCUUUUUUUUUUUUUUUUUUUUUUUACUUUUUAAAAAAAUAUUUAUCUUGAGAGAGAGCAUGAGCAGAGGAGGGGCAGAGAGAGGGAGAAAGAGAAUCCCAAGCAGGCUCUGUCCUGUCAGUGCAGAGAGCCUGAUGGGGGCCUGAUUGAUUCCAGGAACCAUGAGAUCAUGACCUGAGCUGAAACCAAGAGUUGGAUGCUUAACUGAGCCACCCAGGUGCCCCUCUCUACUUUUUUUUUUUUUUUUUUAUUAAAUUUAUAUUUUUUGGGCACAUCAGCUAGUUUUCCUAGAUUAAAAAAAAAUUACUUGUACAUCCAGCUGUAUAGUGUGUAUAUAUUAUACAUUAUAUACAUUAUAAUACUAAAUACUGGAUAUCAUAAGGGUAUGUAAACAUACAUACGUGUAUAUAUGUAUGUGUGUACAUAUGUAUGUGUAUAUAUAUAUAUAUAUAUAUAUAUGUAUUUGUAUAUACUUCCAAGAAGUCUUCCAAGAAACAAUCACUUUUUCUUAAUAUUUUCUUUGGUGUGAAGGGGUGAGUUAUCCUUGAUUAGAUUGCUAAAGAUCUACUUUUUAAACUAGGCUUUACUAGUAUUGAGCAGUGUUUGUUUUUGUUUUUGUUUUUUUCAUUAAUUACUCUUAAAUUUAGUGUGCAAAAUUUUACCUAAUGUAGAUUUAUUUGGUACCUUUUCUUGGGUUGAACCUCCCUCAAUACUAUAACAACAUAAUAGAGUUGGCCUUGGAAAAAUACUGUUGUUGUUUUUAAUGUUUUAAUGUUUAUUUCUGAAGAAGAGAGCCAUGAACUGGGGGUGGGAGUGGCGAGAGAGGGAGACACAGAAUCCGAAGCAGGCUCCAGGCUCUGAGCUGUCAGCACAGAGCCCGACACAUGACUCGAACCCAUGAACUGUGCAAUCAUGACCUGAGCCAAAAUCAGAUACUUAACUAACUGAGCCACCCAGGCACCCUGGAAAACCAUUGUUUUAAUCAAAGGGGAACAAGAAUUUUACUUUUUGAAAAAAAAAAAGUCUAUACAAGGAGCUAUUGUUUCUAUCAUGAUGGAAGUAUGUAUAAAGUGUGAACCUUAUGUUUUAGUUUCUAGCUAGACUGAGGGCUUAGGAGAAUAAAGUAGCUUCUGUCUUCAACAUGCUUAUUACUUAGUUGAGGUAUAAUGUAUGUUUUAAGAUUGUAAAGCAGUUGUCGAAGAGGGCAACAGAAGGAAAGUAACUAAGUGUUAGCCUGAUAUUAGCUCAUUUAAUGACAGAUAAGUCCUACCACACUUCAGCCACAGUGACUCUGUUCUGACCUGUUUUGGUUCUCCUAAUAGAGAUGUGAUUUGAAGGUAGGAUUUGAAGGUAGGGCUCCUUGGCUAAAAACACUUAAGAUGCCUGUCAGACGUGUAAGUGGAAAGGUUGUGUGUGUGUGCACGUGUGUGAGUAAGAUGGUUGAUUUCCUCAGUGUUGUAUUCCAAUUGUUUGCUUCCACUGUAUCUCAUUUACACUUCUUACUGAAUUUUUAAAUAUUAAACUAUAUUUUUCAUUUCCAGGAUUUCUAAUCAAUUCUUUAUGUCCAUCUGAUUUUAUUUCAUUACUUCCCAUUUUUAUUGAAUAAUUUGCAGUUCUUUUUUUUUUUUUUUUUUUUUUUUUUUUAGUAGAAGUGUAACUUCCACUUAUCUCUUUAAACAUUCUCAACCUAUUUUGUUUUACCCUAUACUUUUUAGGCCUUUCUGAAACGAAUUCUUUUUCUGAUUUUGUUGGAUAUCUUUAUUUGCAUUGAGUUUUCUGGUGUGGUUUGGAGUUUUGGUGCACGAGCUCAUGCUCUUGUUUCUUUCCUGCUUCCAGCUUCUCUCCUGGUCUUGUGGUUGGCUCCCUUAGGAGUUCUGGGACCUCAGUGUAAAUCCAGGUAUAUGAUUGCACCUGGUAAUUACUACCCAAAAGGAGAGUGGGGACAUUUGUACUCCAUCCCAGAGUCUCUUGGUAGCAUCAUUUUGAUUUCUUGUCCAAGGAGUUUUUUCUAUUUUAUUUUAUACUUUUUUCCCCCCUCUUUUUGUGAUUUGCCUAUUUUUCCUGUGUAUUUGUUUGGUGUUGUGUUUUGUUUUGGCACAAACUCACCAAAUCAUCAUCCGGUGCUAAAAAUUCCCACCAUCCCAGAGGAUUGUGAUACAGGUUCCUCCUCUCCAGAGGGGACCAAAGUUCGUGUGUGUGGUGUAUGUGGUGGAGGUUUAUGGGUGUCUAGCUGCCCAGCACCCACCUCCUAUCUCCUGAGAGCAGUAUUUUGGGGGGUUGUUCUCUCUCCUCUGUUGGGUACAGUCUUUGGGGACCUGUAAAAUAAAGCAUUCUCCUUUAGCCAAGGGGCUAGGUGCAUGAACAAAGGCAGACCAACUGGACCCUGUCCUGCAUCAUUGUCUAUUAAUCAGAACAACCAUAGAAUAGAACAAGUGCUUAGACUGUUUCCUUUCUAGAGCAACUCUAGUACCUACAGCGAAGCCCAUAGAAUCUUCCCGCUUGCCCCUUCUGACCUCUGCUAAGGCCUUCCCUUCAGUUAUGUGAGAUCACCUACAUCCCUCUAGUGAAUUCCUUUCUUCUAAUAUUAGAGGCAGGUUUUGUUGCUUUAACACCCAGGAAAACUUGACUGGUAGACCAUGUACCCUUACACAUGUAUAUGCACCUACAAGCAUGUAAGUGCCCAAAUAAAAUUUUUACAUACUAUGCUUUGCAGUACAGCAGCCUGCAUUUUCCUCACACACGUCAGACCCUCCAUGUACUUGGCAUUAAACAAGCAGUAAAUAAUUCGAGUAGGUUCUACUCUGACUUGGUGUAGGGAUAAAUGAACAACGGGUAGGUCAUAUCUCAGUUAACCAGGCAAGUGUCGUCUUGCUCCCGUGAAAACAAUGUGGCUAGAGUGGCUUUAUCCAACCUCAUGGAUGCUCUCCUUCCCCUGCUGCCUCCCAGCCUUUUCUCUGGCCAUUCUCAGCCCAGGCCCUCCUCUCCUGUCACAUUUCUUUCCUCGCUGUCAGAAAGCUCUUAUGUUCUCUCUUCUGGGUGUUUGCUUUUGCCGUAUUUUAUUAUUUCACUUCUCCCUUCCUGCAUGACCACCUCAAAGGCCUGAAGUGUUUUCUGAAUUCUGAAUAGCCUACAGGGCAGUGCCCUUUCCCCUGCCCUGAAUUCCCCGAGUAGCUAACUGCUGUUCACUUCACAGUUGCUUGCCUUGUUACUUGUGUGUCUGAGUCCAGGAUAUAAAGAACACUCUGACGUUGCUUUGAUGGCACGUCAGAGAGGCUUAUCUCAAUGCUUGGUACACAUAUACUUGCUUUCUGUCUUUUAAAUGCCCAUCAUGGUGUUAUAUGUGCACUGUUUCAUCCACUAAGCAGGACCCCACACACACACAGGAAAUUUAUUUCAUUACCCAGCACCAAGGGUGAAGAAGCCCGCUGCCCCCCAAAUGAUUUGAUUCUGCUUCUGCCUCAGAAACCUUGUGAAGCCAGUUUUUUCUAUGGCUGGUUCUAGUUCUUAAGGAGCUGUCAGAAACUCUUGUGCGUUAUGAAUUGGAGAGACCAAGGUGCGGUAUGUCCUCAAUGACUGGAGCCUGGACCUCUGGUUACAGAUGUGGUGGUGGCCCAUAGGAAUGUCUUGUUUGUAGGGUACAUGGACAUCUUUGUUCACCUAAUAAAUUUCUUGUUUUGGUAGCAUGACAGACUCAGAGACUUUAAUUUCUGAGAACCAACAAAAGCCAAAAUACACCUACAUCAAUCAGAGGUGAUAAUAGUCUCUUGAAAAUUUCUCAGAUUGCCAGGGGCUCAGCAAUAUAGUAAUAUUUAAAUACUGAAUACAUUUUAUAACAUGUGAAAUCGUUUCAUAGUAAUGUCCCUUAGUUAACAUCCAUAGGAAAUGAACUGAGCUGAAUAUAUGAAGUCUCCUCUGAGAAAAGUUAACUAAUAGUCUGAAGAUGAGAAUGGUAAGUGGCUGCUUUCUGCCAAAGACAAGCAGGAAGAAAAUAUUUUAAAAAUUGGAACAGAGUUCAUAUUGUCAGUAAGGAAGGGUUUCCUGUUUUAAGUUGCUAAACACGAACAGGUAGCAGUUAAUUAGUGAACUAGUCAGGACUAGAACAUUAAAAUGUCAAAUGACCCAUAAAACGAGCAUGAACAAUGACUAGAUAUUCUUCUGGCAUAUCUAAGCCAUUUUCAUGGUUUCUUUAAAAGUUAACAUACACUUACCAGUCAGCCAUUCUACUCCUAAUUGUUCACCACAAGAAAUGAAAGCCUGUGUCCACAUGAAGACUUGACCGUUCAUAGCACCAUAUCUGUACCAGCCCCAAACUGGAAACAACCUAUGUAUCUAUUAAGCGGAUGGAUGCAAAAAUUGUGGUAUAUCCAUAGAAUAGAAUGCUUUCAUCAAGACAAAAGAGUUCAUGCCACAUAAGCCCAUUUAUUUAAAUUCUAGAAUACAAGAACUAAUGUAAUUAAGCAAAUCAGUGAUUCAGAGGAAUGGGGGUGAAGUGGGGAGUGAGGAAAGGUUACAAAUAAGGCUUGGGGAAAUUUGGGGGAGUGAUACGUUCAGUAUAUCGAUUGGAAGUGCUUGUUCUUAAGAAAAAAAUUAUUCUUUGUACCCCAGCUCCUCCUGGUGCACUAGUCAUGCUUGGAAGAUAAGCCAGAUCUCACAAGAAAGUCUGUUAGAACUGACCCCAGACCACAGCCUAUUGCUAUAAGGUAGCAAAGUAUAUACUUUGACUCUCGAGAGUAUCCACUGUGUUCAUACAGGGAGGCAAGGAGGUAAGGGUUGUUCAUAUCUGAACUGUCCAGCCCGCUUACCAGUGUCAUUUGCUGGUGGUGGCAGUCAAGGAGGGUCUUUGCCCAAGAUACCAGCCUUUCUGCCCUCUGGCUCCAUUGAUUCUCCAUUUGGGAAUUUCAAAAAGCAUUCUAAAAUAAGGGUCCAAAUAGAUCCAAAUACUUUUGGCUUCGGUAGUUUGGAACCCACACUCACAUAGCAAAAGUGAAUAUAACCUGGGGUUUUCAUAUGAAGGGAAGACACUAGUCGAAAUCAAAUGGUAGGAAAACAAUUUUUUUUUCAAUUAUAUCCAAAGUGAUACAUGUUCAUUAUUUUAAAAUGGAAAAUAGAAGUAAACAAGAAACACAGAUAUUAUCCACAAGUCUAUGACCCAAAUACUACUAUUAUUGUAAUUCCGUAUACUGUAUACUUCUAGUCCUUUUUCUGUGCAUGUAGUACAUUUUAUUUUUGGUAAAAUUGUAGGUCUUUUUUUUCAUUUUUUGAUUUAAUAUAUAAUGAAAAAUUGGACUCCUUCCAGAAAAAUGGAAGAGACGGACUUUCCAUAUUCCUGCUGCUAGUGCAACUGAAAACCUCAUCAACAUUAUAUGUAACACAAACAUAAGACUGAAAGGCAGAGGGAAGAAAGAUGGCUAGGGACCUUGGGACUCAAGGAACAACACGGUGGUGAGUUCCCUGGGUUUUCUUUUUGCUUCAGCUAUCCCAGAGAAUACUGGAGAAGCUGGCAACGAGGAAACACCGAGUGUAGAAAACAACAGCAAAGCUUGCUCUCUACAGCCACAAAACCAGGAAAAGGAGAGCCUAGCAAGACAAAUCUUUUAGGCAAUAACGGCUCUAUUCCAAUCAAAUGCCAUGGGAAAGACUGCAGCCCCAUCCUCCCCCUGCAACCAGUAAAGGCCAGGUGGAGAGCCUAGAUUCCACCCAUGCCAGGCUAAAACUGCCCCGCCCCCCAAUCCCUGACAGGACGGUGCCAGAGAAGGCCUAGAGGGGAACCUGUACUCCACCCUCACCUGCAGUCGUGAGGCACCCUCCCCUUCCCUCCCAGGAUGGAGGCAAAAGAGACCCAGGAGAAUCAGGGUUUUUACCACCACACGGGUAAUGAGGCAGCUCUGGCUACAGUGUUCAUGGAAACUACACAGGGAGCCCAGACUUCAUCUCCUUCCUGUGGUAACAAGGUGCCUCCCUCCCCGCCCCACCCCUGUCCCCAGUGGGCGGUGUCAGAUGAGGUCUAGUGUGGAGCCUGAACUCCCAGCCCUUCCAGUCUCCAGGGGCCGACAGGAACCUUCUCCCUGGCAGUAAUGAAGCAGUGCAGGGGCAGAAGAGGCCUGUUAAAAUACAGGAUGUAAAUAAGGUCCAGAGUCUUGUAACAUACAGCUAAAAAUGUCCACCUACCAUAGCAAGCACUAGGAAGAUCUCAAACCACGUGAGAAAAGACGAUUGUCAGCACUGAGGUGACACAGACACUAGAGUUAUCUGUGAAUGAUUUUAGAGUACCCCAUCACAGGAAUGCUUUGACAAGCAAUUAGAAACACGCCCGAAACCAAUGAAAAAUACUCUUAGCAAAGAAGAACUGCAUACACAUUUUAGAACUAUGAAUAUAAACAAAUUUAAAAACUCAACAGCAGAAUAGAGAGGACAGAGGGAAGAAUCUGAGAACUGGAAUAUAGAAUAAAGAUUACCCAAUCUGAACAGAGAGAAAACGGACUGAAGAAAAAAAAAAAAAAAGAA